UGUAAUUGGGGUUAUUAUAGGCCAUAGACUAUGAUUGAUAAAUAUGACUUUAUGAUACGGAAUAAUUUGGCUGGUAUACAUACGACUGUUACUUCAAUGAUCUGACAAAGACAGAGCCAGGCAGACAGCCACUUCGAGACACCAUCACAAAUCUGCUGCUCUCUGGCGACUGCCUCCCGUUAUGGCAUCUUGGUGAACUGCGUCUGACGACUGUGCGCUCUGUGAACAACUGUGCAGCCGUAGAAACAACCACACUGUCUGCACACAGCCUGAACCUGACUUGCUAUGGAUCAACACCAGGACUAUAUGAACAACGCCCCUAACACCUACAGCUACAACUCCGGGGACACCAUGAGCGCUUCCUUAGCCGGCAUGACCAUCAACGACCUGCAUCACCAGGAGAACGGGGUCCAGCUGGGGCACAGGAGCCCAGGGGAUGGCCCCAUGAAAGUGGAGCCUGAGGAAGCCACACUAGAGGACAGAGCGGCUGAACCACAGUCUGAGCUCUCUGAACUGGAGAGCAACACCUGUGAUAAGGAGGUGCAACUUAGCGCCUCUGGUGAGGAGGAGGUGCAACCUGCAACUGGAGGAACAGCCUCAACAGCUCAAGCAAAGAUUGAAAACGACAAUGCUGAUAAGAAGACUCUGGGUGGUGCCAGACCUCAGGCCCCCGGAACCAAGAUUCCCGCCAAAACCCCAGCUCCAGCAAGCGGCAAGAACAAAGACAACACCAGUGGACAGAGCAGCCCUGGUACUCCCAAGUCCCCCUCCAGCAAGAUUCUUCCCGGGAAGCCCUUGGCUGUGGCCACAAACCAGGUGAAAAAGGUUGCGGUGGUGCGCACCCCACCCAAGUCCCCUGGCUCUCUCAAGAGCCGCGCCCCUGCACCCCUCACCGCAGCGGCCCCCUUGCCGGACCUGAAGAACGUCAGGUCCAAGAUCGGCUCCACGGACAACAUCAAGCACCAGCCUGGAGGAGGAAGGGUCCAAAUCCUCGAGAAGAAGUUGGACGUAAGCAAUGUCCAGGCUCGUUGUGGAUCCAAAGCCAACCUGAAUCACACUCCUGGAGGAGGCAGGGUACAAAUACUAGAAAUGAAGGUGGACGUAAGCAAUGUGCAGUCUCGCUGUGGCUCCAAAGAUAAUAUCAAACAUACACCCGGAGGAGGCAAUGUUCAAAUAGUCCACAAAAAGAUUGACCUGAGCAAUGUUAAAUCAAAAUGUGGUUCUACAGCCAACAUCCACCACAAGCCAGGUGGUGGGAAUGUUGAGAUCAAAUCUGAGAAAUUGGAUUUCAAUGUCCAAUCAAAGAUCGGCUCCAUGGACAACAUUGGGCACGUGGCCGGAGGUGGACAGAGGAGGAUUGAGAGCCACAAGCUGACGUUCCGUGAGACGGCCAAGGCACGCACUGACCACGGGGCCGAGAUUAUUUCCCUGGAAGAUGACCCCCUGUCCCACCAGCUCAGUACCUUGUCCUCCUCCGGCUCCAUCAACAUGGCUGACUCACCGCAGCUCUCCACACUCGCCGACCAGGUAUCUGUCUCGCUGGCCAGCCAAGGCUUGUGAUUGGCUUGGUGGCACACGAUGGCCGACCGGAAGUCUCCUGACCGACCACACUACUUUGACUGCCCGCGUCAGAGGAGUCUUGACGCCUGUCGCCUUCCUCCUCCUUUUCACGGGACUUUUUUAGCUAUACCCAUCACUGUUUCUCUUCCAUCACCGACUGUUCUUCUUCAUGAUGCAUUAUUGUUAGAAAAGAGAUCUUUAAAAAAAGAGAUUCAAGUAGGUCAAGUUAGAUUAUUUAAUUUCUCUCUUGAUCUAUUUUUGUUGUCAUUAUUUGUACCGUUUGUAUAAAUGGCCCUUUAAGAGUUUAAAGAAAACAAACAUCCAAACAAACCCAGAGUCCUACAAGUGUUUCUGGACAUUUUAUUUGAACUUUCACCUAUAUUUAAUUCACUUUAACUCGUUUUACUCAUUUUACUGUCACAAUGACCUCGAUUCGAAGCCCUUAUUGUACAAAUGUCCAUUUUAAUGUGCAAAUGAUCUGUGAUGGCUGUCUCCUGAAUGGCUUUUUGAUACAUGGAAAACAAGAGGUUUGAGAGAAGUGGGCCCCCUUUUACAAUGUAUUGAACAUAAGAAAACACAUCAUCCAGGUAGUAUAAGGCAAAGAAGUUAGGAAAGGUGGGCUCAUGUAGCAAAAGCUCUCAUUCAGACAGUAAAAUGCUUUUAGACCUCCCCAACCUGCUGUCUGCUUUGGGUGCCUCUAUACACUGCAUACCAAGGUAGUAUAGUUCAGAGGUAAAAAUUUCCUUCAUGGACAAAAGAAGAGGGAUACAGAAUGUUUAGCGUAGAAACCUUGGUUUGUGUUGGGCACACACUUUCUAUUUGUAUUCUGUGGAUAUGACAUGUAUUUGAUAUGGAAACAUUUAUAUCGUGCCUGCUACUGUCAGUGUUAAUUUAUUUUCAAUAUUAUUCUGUUAUGGCUCUAUUGUAAAUGCGUUUCAGCUUUUGUCUUAUGCGGUGUGGCAGUUUACAUUUAACGUAUGUAGGCUACUAGUGACAAAAUAUUUGUUCAUGUUUAAAGAAGACAUGAAUUAGAGGGGAAUACUAAAUUACUAAAUUAACAGGCUUAGCUAUGCCAGGCAAAUUGUCUAACGAACUAUGGGUUGUGUCAUUUAACAUAAGACACAUAAUUUCAGUCAGGGACUGAAUUUCUCGCUAAUUUGGCUUCAGAUCACAGUAAUGCAGUAGUUGGUAAACUCACCCAUUUUUUAUGACCGACGCUUUCUGAACUUUUAAUUUCAUGGACAUGGCUUUGUAAAAUGUAUAGGAUAACUGCCUCAUAGUCAGUUGAGCAGCUAAGUACUAGAACCAAAAGUCAAUACAAAAUAAUGAAAAAACAGGCAGUCAAAGGAAAGUCAAAACACAGAAGAAAAAUUGCGUAAGUGACAUGAAGAAAUCGGUUACAUUUAUCAUAAUAAACUCUGCAACACAUGUAGUCAAAUCAACAUAAAAACAAGCAGAAAAACAUAGCUUGUCCCAAGAUAUUAAAGGUAGACUCAGCAAUAUGACAUCAUCAUUCACUGUGGGGCAACUUCCUGCUUACACACAAUUCUGCCCGACUACAUUGCAGACGCCUGCCAGAUCUCACAAUGCUUGGAUAGGUGUUUAACUAUCAGCUAAACACAUCAUAGGAUUUAGCAAUCUGGUGCCCGACUGCACAGUUGAUGAUGUGGCACGCAACCAUUGGUUGAUGCAAUCCAAACGCCUGAGCAGGCAAACACAACCACUAUAGUGCGUUCAAGAAAACUGGAAAAUCAGAAAAGAACAGACUGGGAAGAAUCUUGACGUCAGUGAUCUUCAGGUCAGACAAGUCGGAGCUCUAGGAUGAUGCCCGAGUUUCUGAAUUGUAAUUCCGAGUUGGAUGACCGUCUGUUCAAAACUAUUUUUCCCAGUCAGAGCUGUUUUUUUUCCAGAGUUCCCAGUUGUCUUGAGUGCACUGAAGUCGGAGGUCAGAGAUUUCCUUGUUCCGAGUUGGCUGGAACGCACCAUAAGCAACAACUGACUGCCCUAUUGGUUGUUUCAGGUAUGUCCACAUUGGGAGGAGCCAAUUGGCAGUCUUGGCAGAUUAGAAUUGUGUUGAAUAGAUUUUUGUAAGCAGGAAGUUGCCCCGCUGUAUGUGAUGAUGUCAUAUUGCUCACUCUACCUUUAAGUUUUAAAAAAUGUGCCCUAAAAUGUUUAACCAUCUGUCACAUGGAGCAAGGUACCUUUCGGAUAUAUUUAGAUUUAGGCCUACUAAUUGCCUGCGCACGAGCAUGCUCGUCACACUUUCCUCAACUUGUGUCACGGGUUAUAAAGCUAUGGGUCCUUUCCCUGAAACGUAUAUGACGGAAAUUUACAAAACUGUAUCAUAUGCUCAAAUGGAUAAGUGUUUUAUCCUAAUGUAAACCCACUGUGGUUCACCAAUCACCACUAUAUUAUUCUCGUCAUUGAUUGCCUUCCUAACUCCGAGCAAACAUACCAUCUUAAAAGUCCUUGCAUGGCAUUUCAUGUAAGAGUAAGCGGUCUGCCUCUCCUUUUACACUGUGCUUUCAUUGUACAUCCUGUAAUAUCUGCUUUGUAUAUAUAAGGAUACAUGUAGGUAUUAGUGCGAGGGAAUAGAACCCAAAAGGCAACCCUUUCCUUUAUGUGGAGAUUAAGGUGCAUUGAUAACAUUAUACGAUUUUCCAGUGUGUGUGUUUGACUUGUAUUGCCAAUAUAUAUUUCAUUGAGGACUCGGAACUGGCCAGGGCAUUUGAGAAAAAGUGUCCUUGCAACACUACAAUCUGCAUGCUAAACUGUUGGUUACUUUUCAUCAUAAUGGACAACAUUUGUUUGAAUGUGUUAAAUGGGUAUGUGCACUGUGUUCUGUGUGGAUUACUGGGACUAAUAUGUUGGAGGGCAGGUACUGAUAAGUUCCAGUACUAACAAUAUCAGUACUCAAGGGAAAAAGUUUGGGGAAAGUAUUUUUUAUUUUUUUGGUGGUCCUCUCCGCUAAGCCUCUGUUCUGAGGUCAAUGGAAAGAGUUUGCAGUAACACAUUUCAUCGUCACCCUUUUUGUUAUUUUUGCCGCUGUACAGUUGUGUGGAAAAUGUGAUUGUUGAUAUUGUUAUUGUGCAUUUUUAUCAAUAACUGGUGUAUGAUGAUUCUUGUCGCUGUGAAUUUAAAAAAUAAACUGUUAAACCAUG